AUGCCACCCAAGAAGGAUCAAAAGGAGCCGGAGAGAAUUCUCAUCGGACGCCUUGGUACCAAUCUGAAAGUCGGUAUUGUCGGUGUUCCAAAUGUCGGAAAAUCGACCUUCUUCAAUGUCUUGACUCAAAGUCAAGCUGCCGCUGAAAACUUUCCCUUCUGCACAAUAGAUCCCAAUGAAAGUCGUGUUCCCGUGCCUGACGAUCGAUUCGACUUUCUCUGCGAGUACCAUCAACCGCUAAGCAAAGUGCCGGCUUUUCUGAACGUGGUCGACAUUGCUGGACUUGUCAAGGGUGCCAGUGAAGGCCAGGGUUUGGGAAAUGCUUUCCUCUCCCACAUCAAGGCUUGUGAUGCCAUUUUUCAUCUUUGCCGUGCCUUCGAGGAUGACGACGUGACGCAUGUUGAGGGAGAAGUGAAUCCGGUCAGAGAUAUUGAAAUUAUCAACGAGGAACUUCGAUUGAAGGACGAGGAACAGCUGAUGGCUGCUAUUGACAAGCUUGGCAAGACUGUUCUUCGAGGCGAGAAGAAGGACAAGCCCGAAUACGACACUUUGAUGAAAAUCAAAGAGUUGCUGGUUGACCAGAAGAAGCACAUUCGCUUUGGGGAAUGGAAUGCCAAUGACAUUGAAUUUUUGAACAAGUACCUAUUUAUUACUUCAAAGCCCAUGGUUUACCUGGUUAACCUUUCUGAGAAGGACUACAUCCGUAAGAAGAACAAAUGGCUUAUCAAGAUGAAGGAAUGGCUCGACAAAAACGAUCCUCAUGCAGUGCUAAUUCCGUUCAGCGGAAUUUUUGAAAAUAAACUUGUUUCAAUGUCACCUGAAGAGAGGAAGAAUUUCUGUGAGGUGAACAACACUUCAAGCGCACUAAGCAAGAUUAUUGUUACCGGUUACAAGGCUCUUCAGCUAUGUUACUUUUUCACCGCCGGCAAGGACGAAGUAAAAGCCUGGACUAUUCAGAAAAACACCAAAGCACCUCAAGCCGCAGGUCGCAUUCACACCGACUUUGAGAAGGGCUUCAUCAUGGCUGAGGUAAUGAAGUUUGAUGACUUUAAAGAGGCCGGCUCUGAAAAUGCUUGCAAAGCGGCCGGUAAGUACCGGCAACAGGGCCGCAACUAUGUCGUCGAAGAUGGCGACAUUAUUCUCUUCAAGUUCAAUGCUGGCGCUGGCCUUCAAGCAAAGAAAAAGUAA